UGCGGAAACUGCAAGUCAGCUGAUAAUGUUGGAAGAACGCACUAGUAAGAAUGAACAUAGGUAAUCAGUUUUUGAGUAUUUUUCUCUUUUUCAGCAUUUGUUUAGGUGAGGACUACGAUUUGGAUGAUAAAACUGGAUUAGGACGAUCGUUUGAUGGCAUUGGUGGUUUAAGCGGUGGCGGGGCGACCUCGCGUUUGCUCGUCAAUUAUGCUGAACCAUAUAGGAGUCAGAUUCUAGACUAUCUGUUCAAGCCUAAAUUUGGAGCCUCAUUACAAAUCCUGAAGGUUGAAAUUGGAGGUGAUGCUCAGACUACAGAUGGAACUGAGCCAUCACACAUGCAUUAUGGAGAUGAUGCGAAUUAUUUUAGAGGAUAUGAAUGGUGGCUAAUGAAGGAAGCCAAGAAGAGAAAUCCAAACAUCACCCUCAUAGGUCUACCAUGGGCUUUUCCGGGAUGGGUUGGAAAUGGUGAAAACUGGCCAUAUAGUUUCCCUGAUAUUACUGCUUCUUAUGUGGUGUCCUGGAUUCUUGGGGCCAAGCAGUACCAUGACUUGGACAUUGAUUAUGUUGGGAUAUGGAAUGAAAGGAGUUUUAACUGUAAGUACAUAAAGCUUUUGCGAUAUACACUGGAUAAAAGUGGUCUGGAGAGAGUUAAAAUCAUUGCAAGUGAUAACCUAUGGGAGCCGAUUACCUCUGUUGUAAUUGCUGACAAAGAGCUACAGGAGGCCGUUGAAAUUUUAGGGGUUCAUUAUCCUGGCACCAACACUGUGCCUAAGGCCCUAAAGACUGGCAAGAAACUAUGGUCUUCUGAAGACUACAGUACCUUUAAUGACGAUGUCGGCGGAGGCUGCUGGGCCCGAAUUCUCAACCAGAACUACGUUAAUGGGAAAAUGACAGCGACCAUAUCUUGGAACCUUGUUUCUAGUUAUUAUGGGGACCUUCCCUUUGGAAGGGAUGGACUAAUGACUGCAAAAGAGCCAUGGAGUGGAAAUUAUGUUGUCGAGUCCCCUAUUUGGAUCACAGCCCACACUACCCAGUUUACGGAGCCUGGCUGGAAGUACCUGCAGACAGUGGGACACUUCACACAUGGUGGAAGUUAUGUUGCAUUAACUGAUGAAAGAGGAAAUCUAACAAUAAUCACUGAAACUAUGACUCAUGAUCACUCCGUGUGUAUAAGACCUCCUCUGCCUCUAUAUGAUGUCACUGCCCAGAAUGUCACCUUCCACCUGAAAGGGACCUUUGCUUCAAUCGGUGAGCUGCAGGUGUGGCAUUCAAAGUUUGAUUUCAAGACAAACAAGACGGUCCUCUUCCAAAAUAUCAAGCCUAUUAAAGUAACUGAAGGGUCUUUCAGCAUAGAGCUCGAUGUUGAUGAGGUAUAUACAUUUACUACUGUACGAAAUGGUCAGAGAGGGAGUUACCCAGAUCCUCCACCCUCUGCUCCCUUUCCUAAAUCAUACAAAGAUGAUUUUGAUGUCUCUGGAAAUCCGUAUUUCUCAGAGGCUCCAAACUUUGCAGAUCAGACGGGGGUCUUUGAAUACUUCACCAACCUGACAGAUCCUGGACCGCAUGCUUCCACUCUGCGACAGGUGGUCACUCAGCGUCCAGUGACCUGGGCUGCAGAUGCUGAUCAGACAAUAAGUGUUAUUGGUGAUUAUCAAUGGAAAGACCUGAUGGUGUCAUGUGACAUAUACAUGGAGUCUGUGCACACUGGUGGAGUCUUCAUUGCUGUCAGAGUGAACAAAGGUGGAGGUGUUGUCCGAAGCACAAGGGGAGUCUUUCUCUGGGUCUAUGCAGAUGGCACCUACAAAGUCACAAAUGACCUCAAUGGAAUGACGGUUCUUGCUGAGGGCCUGUCUGGAACUAGAGCACGUGUGUGGUACACACUGACCCUUACAGUCAAGGGAAACUAUGCAUCAGCAGAUCUCAAUGGCUAUCCCCUCUGGAAGAAUACAGUGCUCUGGGAGCCACGACAUGGAUGGGCGGCCAUAGGCACUAGUUCAUUUGAACUCGCACAGUUUGAUAAUUUUGCCAUAGAGGCCUUAACUUGAUGGUUUUUGAUUUGCCACUGUUGUGACACUGUAAACUAGCAGACUGGAAUCAAACAGGUGUGUGACUACUGUGAUUACUGUGAAAUUUUACGAGUUGUUAAUUUUUAAGGGAAUCAUAUGAUGUUGCUAAAAAUAACAUUAUUUUGUGUAUUUGGUGAAAUGAAAUGUGUUUCUGCGGUUUAAGGUUCAAAAGACACAUUAUUUUUAUUAUUUUACAUAAUUUUCCCCAUACUAUACAUUAUGGUGGCUCCUCUAUGCCCUGCCUUUCUGAAACGCAACGAUUUUUACAAAGAUCAUCAUUAUAAAAAGUGAAGCGUGCUCUGAUUGGCCAGCUAUCCAGUGUAUUGUGAUUGGCUGAAUGCCUCAAGCGUGUGAUGGAAAUGUAACACGCCUUAACACUGUGAUGCCAUGUGUCCUGGUCAGAACAAUGGCGGAACAAGAGAUUAUACAUUAAAACCCAUUAUAAACGAGACAUUUGUUGCAUCCAGUGAGGACAUAAUUAUGGAUUAUAAUGACUUUUUAUGUGUUGCAUUGCAUCAUGCCAUGUAAACAUAAAACCAUUGCUGGAUUUGUGAUCGGAGAAAUGACAAACAACAAGUACUACUCUACACUGCUCAAAAUCCGCUUUUAAAUCCUCAGUGACAAAUCCUUUAAAUAUGUAAACUUACUUACAGACUGUGCGUCAGAACAGCUGGCAUUGUUGUCUUCUCUCCCAGGAUCAGGAAACAGUCCUCCAUAAAAUGUGCUGCACACAUCUGAAUAUCUGGGUUGAACUGUUCUGGAACAAUGUUGUAAAUACAACUUAACCACUGA